CGCGUGCGCGUCCCGGCACUCCCGUGAGGCACUGCGACGCGCGCUGUUGGAGGCAGCCGGGAACGCCGGCAGGAGCCGCCUCAGGACUUUAUGAAAAUGGAAAAUUAUGAGGCAUGUGUAGGUUUUGAUCUCUGUGGGACACCCCUCUCCACUGUUGCCCAGAAGAUUAUGUGUGCUAUACGUUCAGGUGAUUUCAUGGAGUCUAAGAAUGAGGGAGAGAGUACAAAGACUUCAAAGGUGACCAAAAAAUCCAGUGUUCAUUAUUCAGUAUUACCUAAACAUGAGAGGACUCAAUCACUAGAAGCAAAGAAUUCUAAGUCAUUAAUAACCCAGACACCAAGAGGAUCCAUAGAGUUCUCUCCUCCGUCCUCCAUUACUAAGCUUACAAGUCAGCUCUCUGUUGGUCAAAUACAGAGCAGUUCAUUGGCUCUUCCCAGUUAUUUAAUUCCGCAGAGUGACCAGGAAGCUCCAGUCUUACAGAAAAUGGAGCGUAUGAGAAAGCACUUCCUAGAGGAAAAUACAGCUAAAGAGGAUGAGGAGAGCUUGACUCUUAAAAGAAAAUGUAUUACAUGUAGUAAUUCCCCAGAAAAAGCAAGUAAACACAUAGCACUGGAAGAAGAUACCGACGGGGCUGAAACCUGGCUAAACUCUAAGGACACGAGAGUGUUUGGAAAACAGCUCUGUGAUGUCAGAUAUUUGGAUGAUUUGGCAAAAGGCCAGCUAAUGGAUGUGCUCAAGCAGGCAGAAGCCCUGGUUGUGACACUGAUGUAUAAGGAUGGUUCCACACAGCUCAGAGCCAACCAGACUUUAACUUGUCCUGUUAAAGGAAUUGUAGUGUUACUAAAAAACCAUUUGGACAUCAGUCCUCUGAUUUCCCCAGCCGGAGGUAGUGCUCUGGGAGAGGUCUCCACAUCCACAGAUCACUGUAUCUACAUACAUACGGAGCACUUCCCUUCGUGGGGCCUAAAGAAAGAGGCACACAGUGUAUUUGUCAGGAACAUGCUGUUUUGGACACUUAGAUGUAAAUGCCCUGUUGUUUGUUUUAAUGCCAAGGACUUUGUGAGAACAGUACUUCAAUUCUUUGAUGAAGAUGAUAGUUGGAAGCAUGUUGCAGGUUUUGUAGGACUAGACCCCAGAGUUGCUGCAUGGCUCAUAGAUCCUAGUGACACUGCACCUUCAUUUGAAGAUUUAGUGGCCAAACACCUAGAAAAGCCCAUCAUAGUCAAACCAAGCAGUGCAUUUGGUGAUACCUCAAGAAAUAUUGUGAGUCAGAAUGUGUGUGUGAACCUGAGGAUACUCUACGACCUCACGAUGGACCUCUGUUCCAAGUUGAAGGCUUAUGGCUUAUGGCAACUAUAUUGUACUUUGGAACUUCCUUUGAUACCAAUUUUGGCAGUGAUGGAAAACCAUAAGAUUCCAGUUGACAAAGAAGAAAUGGAAAGGACUUCGGCACUCCUUGGGGCUCAUCUCAAGGAACUGGAGCAAGAAGCCCAUUUUGUUGCAGGAGAACAGUUUCUCAUAAUGAGUAAUAAUCAACUUCGUGAGAUCCUCUUUGGCAAGUUGAAGCUGCACCUAUUGAGUCAGAGGAAGCAUCUUCCCAGAACUGGGCUGCAGAACCAGCUGUCCACAUCAGAGACCAUGUUAAAUUCUCUACAAGAUCUUCACCCAUUACCCAAGAUAAUUUUGGAAUAUAGACAGGUUCACAAGAUCAAGUCAACUUUUGUAGAUGGAUUACUAGCUUAUAUGAAAAAGGGCUCCAUCUCUUCUACGUGGAAUCAGACCGGAACUGUGACGGGGAGACUUUCAGCCAAGCAUCCUAAUAUCCAAGGUAUCUCCAAGCAUCCAAUUCAGAUUUCUAAGCCUCGGGAUUUUAAAGGUAAAGAAGAGGAGACUGUCACCAUCUCCCCAAGAACCCUAUUUGUUUCGUCUGAAGGCCACACCUUCCUGGCAGCAGACUUUUCACAGAUUGAAUUGCGCAUUCUUGCACAUUUAUCUGGGGAUCCAGAGCUUUUGAAGUUAUUCCAGGAAUCUGAAAGAGAUGAUGUAUUUUCUACCCUGACUUCACAGUGGAAGGACAUUCCCAUGGAGCAUGUGACACACAGGGACAGAGAACAGACCAAGAAAGUGGUGUACUCCGUGGUCUAUGGAGCAGGGAAAGAGCGGCUUGCUGCUUGCCUUGGAGUCACUGUUCUGGAAGCCACCCACUUUUUGGAGAGAUUUUUGCAGAAGUACAAGAAAAUCAAGGACUUUUCCCAGACAGUUAUUGCCCAGUGUCAUCAUGCAGGCUAUGUGACAUCCAUCUUGGGGAGAAGGAGGCCUCUACCAAGGAUCUGUGCACAGGACCAGAAGCUACGGGCACAAGCAGAGCGACAGGCAGUAAACUUUGUGGUCCAAGGUUCAGCCGCAGACCUCUGUAAGCUGGCCAUGAUCCGCAUCUUUGCUGCAGUGGCCACGUCCCCAACCCUGACAGCCAGGUUAAUUGCCCAAAUUCAUGAUGAGCUGCUGUUUGAAGUAGAAGAUACUCAGAUCCCUGAGUUUGCAGCUCUUGUCAGAAGGAUCAUGGAGUCCUUGCAACAGGUACAGACCCUGGAACUGCAGCUGCAGGUACCCCUAAAGGUGAAUUUGAGUGUCGGCCGCUCAUGGGGACACCUGGCCCCACUGCAGGAGACCCUGGACUCAGCCUGAGCCACAGCAAAUCUCCCUGCAACAGCCCAUCUAGCAUGAGCUCCCCCUUCAGUACCAAGCCCCAUCAAGUACAUUUUUUCAUCUUAAGUUUGUCCAUCCCUGGGCAACAGUGGGAGGAGACAGCUGGUUUCCACCAA